CGUCAGUUUGUCGAAGCUAUUUUUCGUACAACUCUCUCUCUCUCUCUCUCUCACUCGCUCGAGCGAUAAACCCUAUAAUUUCCCCCCCAAAACCCACUCGAAUCACAAUUGGAUUUAAUUUUGUUCACCGAUUUGAAUUUUUUCUCGGAUUUAUCAGAAAUUCUCUCACUAAUGCCGCGGUACUACUGUGAUUAUUGCGACACGUACUUGACUCAUGAUUCUCCUUCUGUCAGAAAGCAGCAUAAUGCUGGCUACAAACAUAAGGCAAACAUAAGAUCCUACUACCAAAAGUUUGAGGAACAACAAACUCAGAUUUUGAUCGAUCAGAAGAUCAAGGAGCAUCUUGGGCAGACAGUAGUAUACCAACAGAUUGGUGCAGCUUAUAACCAACAUCUUGCUGCUUUUCCUGGAGCAAGGCCGCGCCUACCUGUGAUGCCGCCUCCUAUGUUUCCGGGACCCCCUCAGAUGGUCCCUGGUAUGAGGCCUCCAAUUUUGCCUAUACCCGUUCCUGGUGCUCCCGGUUAUGGAAAUUCUCCAAUGGCGCCAAUGCAGCCUCCGCCUGCUCCUUCAUUGCCUCCACAAACCGGUGGGCUUCCACCUCCACCAAGUACGAGUACCCCGUCACCAGUUCCAGGAGGAGGCCAACCCCCCAGCUCUAGCAGUGUGCCACCUAAUGCUACUCAAAUGUACAAUGUUAAUCCUCCAGGAACUUCUGCUGCUUCUGCAACUGCCGGUGGCUAUUCUUAUCCACAAUACUCUCAAACCGGCCAUUAGUUACUAGCCACGGCUAGAGUGUCGAAGAACGUACAGAUUAUGCUGAGCGCAGAGUGUUGUAUUUCAAGCAUCCAGUGAGAUAUUUGAAUGCAUUUUGUGGAAAACUGCUGGUUUAAGCAUUGGAGAUGUGAAUUGGUGAAGGAAUUUCUUGUAAUUGUGGUGAUUUUCUUUUCUUUUUAGGGGAAUUUUGGUGGUGAUUUACUAUUAACAAAAUGCUGAAGUUCUAACAAUUUGUGUCUUUUCUUGGCUCAAGUCUAAAGCAUACACUAAUUUCUUGCA